AUGGGAGGUGCUCCGAGAAGAAUCCGAGUGCAGAGUAGUAUCACAAGACAAGAGCAGUUAAAUGAAAUAUGUUACAAUGUAGCUUUGACAUUGAGGAGGUCUGGGAAGCUGCAGCUCAUUGUAUUGUUGUUCAUACUGUUUAAAGCAGGCAUGGAAUGGGCAGCUGGCACCAAAUGCAAGGAAGGCUGGCAAGGAUGGGAAGAGGUCAAGCCCCUACUUGAAAGAAUUAAAGAAGCUGACUGUGUCAUUGAGGGCCUGGAUAAAGUCAUUAAUAUCCUCGACAGUGUUGUAUGA